AUGGGUGGCCUUAACCUAGAAGUGUUCAAGUUCGGCACGUAUGUCAUGUUCCCCAUCGGAAUCAUGUUCUACUUUGGCACCAACCUCGAUAACCGCUUUGCCGUACCUGGCUUCUGGCCCAAGCCCGAAGAAUGCAACAAGAUCCCCAAGGACCGAGACGAGAUCAAAGCCGAGUAUGACCGCAUCGUGGCGCGACAAAAGCUCCGACAGGCCAAAAAGCUUGAAGAGGAACGCAAAAGAGCAGCACAGCAGCCCGAGAAUGACCAGUCCGAUUCUUGA